UUAAGGGAACGUGGCUUUUCCCCGCAGCGCCCGUCUUAGCGUCUGCGUCUCCGCUGCGGCGGCAGGAGCUGGAGUCGGACCCCGAGCGCAGUGUCGCCAUGGACUCGGCCCUCAGCGACCCGCACAACGGCAGCGCGGAGGCAGGCGGCGCAGCCAACGGCACGACGCGGCCGCCUUCCACGCCCGAGGGCAUCGCGCUGGCCUACGGCAGCCUCCUGCUCAUGGCGCUGCUGCCCAUCUUCUUCGGGGCCCUGCGCUCGGUGCGCUGCGCCCGCGGCAAGAACGCCUCGGACAUGCCGGAGACUAUCACCAGCCGGGACGCCGCCCGCUUCCCCAUCAUUGCCAGCUGCACACUCUUGGGGCUCUAUCUCUUUUUCAAAAUAUUCUCCCAGGAGUACAUCAACCUCUUGCUGUCCAUGUAUUUCUUCGUGCUGGGGAUCCUGGCCCUGUCCCACACCAUCAGCCCCUUCAUGAAUAAGUUUUUUCCAGCCAACUUUCCAAAUCGACAGUACCAGCUGCUCUUCACACAGGGCUCUGGGGAGAAUAAGGAAGAGAUCAUCAAUUAUGAGUUUGACGCCAAGGACCUGGUAUGCCUGGGCCUGAGCAGCAUCGUUGGCGUCUGGUACCUGCUGAGGAAGCACUGGAUUGCCAACAAUCUCUUUGGCCUGGCCUUCUCCCUUAACGGGGUGGAGCUCUUGCACCUGAACAACGUCAGCACCGGCUGCAUCCUGCUGGGUGGACUCUUCAUCUACGAUGUCUUCUGGGUAUUUGGCACCAACGUGAUGGUGACGGUGGCCAAGUCCUUUGAGGCACCAAUAAAAUUGGUGUUUCCCCAGGACCUGCUGGAGAAGGGCCUCGAAGCGGACAACUUUGCCAUGCUGGGACUCGGAGAUAUCGUCAUUCCGGGGAUCUUCAUUGCCUUGCUGCUACGGUUUGACAUCAGCUUAAAGAAGAACACCCACACCUACUUCUACACCAGCUUUGCAGCCUACAUCUUUGGCCUGGGCCUCACCAUCUUCAUCAUGCACAUCUUCAAGCAUGCCCAGCCUGCCCUCUUGUACCUGGUCCCCGCCUGCAUUGGCUUUCCUGUCCUGGUGGCACUGGCGAAGGGGGAAGUGACGGAGAUGUUCAGCUACGAGUCCUCGGCGGAAAUCCUGCCUCACACCCCGAGGCUCACCCACUUCCCCACAGUCUCGGGCUCCCCCGCCAGCCUGGCCGACUCCAUGCAGCAGAAGCUAGCUGGCCCUCGCCGCCGGCGCCCGCAGAAUCCCAACGCCAUUUAUGAGGAGUCAAAUCCUAAGGAUGCAGCAGCAGUGACAGAGGGAUCCAAAGAGGGAACAGAGGCCUCGGCAUCGAAGGGGCUGGAGAAGAAGGAGAAAUGAUACAGCUGGGGCCUGACCCUCUGAGGGCCAGGCCAGGCAGGCGGAGGCAGGCCAGUACAGGCCUGCGCGGGCAGAGGGCGCUGGAGGCCGAGGGUGUGGGAGGCUGGGCAGCUCCAGCAGAGGGGUGGGGGCAACAGGAUCCCUCCUGCGGGGACUCCCACGGGCUGGUUCCCUCAUCCCCCUUCUCUGGCCUUCCUCUGCCCCUUCUCAUCCCCUGCAGGCAAAAGAAGCCCCAACUCCCCCACUCUCCCAGAUGCCAGGCGGGAAAAGUGGGUCUGAUUUUUAGAUUUUUGUAUUGUGGACUGACUUUGCCUUACAUUAAAAAUUCAUCCCAGGAUCCCCUGGGUAGCUCAGUC